CUAUACUACCACCACACUACUAUACACUACUACACACCAUACUACACACUAUAUACAGUAUACACAGUUACUACGGAGUACAGUAUACUAGUACUAGUACAAUGACUACCACCGUCACCGCUACGACCCAAGACUACACCUACGCCCCCCACCUCGCCGAAUACAAUGCCCCCCUAGGCAUCUUCAUGGCCUCCAAGCCACAAUACACCCACUUCAUCGUCGGCGGCCACAUCUUCUCGCACGCCUCCAGCGCCACACAACAGUCACCGUCCGUCCUUCUCCUACAGCGCUCCCAGUCCGACUCCUACCCCGGCUGCUGGGAAGGUCCCGGCGGAUCGUGCGAAUCCAGCGACGCGAGCAUUCUGGCCGGUACGGCGCGCGAGAUCUUCGAGGAGACCGGCCUGCACGUGUCCAAGGUGGUGGACCUGAUCGGGAUGGACGAGUGGAUGGACGUCAAGAGGGGCACGAUGCGCCGCUUCGCAAAGUAUACCUUUCUGGUGGAAGUCCACGAGGCUGACGGCCUCGUGUUCGCUUCCGGGAGCAGCUGCGUCAUCAAGGGUAAUGGCUGUACCGAGGGUUUGCGCUGGGAGGAUCGGGUGCGCGUCGACCAGGCUGAGCAUCAGGACUAUGCUUGGGUCGCGGAGGAUGAGCUGAGGAAGUCGAAUGGCUGCGAGAAGUAUCGGUCGAUUGGCGACCAGGCGCGGACGCUCCUGCGGGGGUUUGAGAUGGUGAAGAGUGGACUGGGGGCGGCCAAGGCUAAUGUUUAAUACGGCUGUGGUUUCUUUGCUUUAUGUUGGAUGCGGGGUUCUUUUCCUUUCUUUCUUUUUUGCCUGGGUUUGAUAGACUUCGCUUCGCAGCGUGUACACUGAUCUUCGAGACGGCCGGAUAUCAGAACGGUGACGACUAAUGCUUGAUGGUGGAUGAUUUGGGCUUACGGGUCUUGCUUUCUU